AACUUUACUCUUGACUAUCGUGGCUGCUAUUUCGAAGAAUUUUUGCAACACAUUUUUUUACAAAGAAUAAAUGCAAAAAGUUCACAACAAAUAACUGUUCAAGAUUUUACCUACUUUAAAGAUAUCGCUAGUCAAUGGUUAACUAUUAAACUUAGCGAUAGAAGUGUCAGGACAAAGGCAGAAUCAAUUAAAGAAAAUAUAGACUCAACAGAUAUCACGUAA